AUGGCACGAAAUACUGAUGAUCACAGUCAAAAAAUAGCAGAGGCCCUCAUGGCAGUAGCGGAUUUUGGCUUCGCGGAAGAAAAGGUUAAGGACACACUGAAAAGACUAUUAAAAUUGUAUAAAGAUAACUGGAAGUUCAUUGAAGAAGAUAAUUAUAGAGAACUGAUUGAUAUUCUAACGAAGGAGAAUAAAGAGGAAUCGAAUUUGAACCACAAUUUCGAACAUCGGUAUGGCCUGGCUUCAUCAUCUGCUGUCGACUUUGCUAACAAAAGAGCUAAAAUGUCGCAUUCUAGCCCUCCUCGGGAUAAAGAGAAGUGUCCGGAAUUUCCUCAAGCUGCUGCUAGAGGAACAAGAUUACAUUUUGAGAAGGAUAAAAGUACGGAGGAAAGAGUACAUGAAGGUGUUCCCAAUUCAUCACAGUUUGAUAUUGCAUCAUCAGCCAAUGCAGAAGUGAGGGUCUCCUUAAUUUGCAAUUCUUCUGGAAAUUCUUAUUUCAGACAACAAGGUUUGGAUGCAGUUCUACGGGAGGUGGAAGAUGAAUGCCGCAAAACAUAUGGAAUCCAGAAUCCUGAUUUCUCUUUGGUGCGGUUGAUGGAAAAAGUGUGCCAGUUCUUCUUGGAGAUUGACAGUGGUUCGAGCGACGAAACUAGGAGAAAAUUUUGUGAUACACCAAAGCAAUCUGAUGAAAAAGAUGUUCUAAAAGAUGAUAACAGAGUCAACUCUGCAUUGGAGCCAAUUAAGGUUCUACAAAACCCACAAUCUUCAGAACAGCAGAUAAAGGAGGCUGUCCUUCAAAAGAAAUACCCCCUUUACCUCAAAGACAUAUCUCGUGGUGAAGAUAAUAUACCAAUUCCCCUAGUGAAUGAAAGCAGCACGCUAGAGUUGCCAGAUUUUAUCUACAUAAAAAAUAACAUGGUAUACCAAGAUGGCCAUGUUGAUUUUUCUCUUGCUAGAAUAUCAGAAGACAACUGUUGUGCACAAUGUCGUGGAGAUUGUCUAUCCUCAGCCUUGCCUUGUGCAUGUGCUGCAGAAACUGGCGGCGAGUUUGUUUAUACACAGGAGGGAUUGCUUAAGGAGGAAUUUUUGGACGAAGUCAUCGCUGUGUCUUUGGAUCCUCAAAGAAAACACUUCUACUACUGCGAAAUAUGCCCACUGCAGAACGACCCGCAAGAGAGAUAUGGGAAAAUAAAACGAUGCAAGGGCCAUUUAACUAGGAAAUUUAUAAAAGAAUGCUGGAGUAAAUGUGGAUGCAACAAGAAAUGUGGCAAUCGUGUUGUACAGCGAGGGAUACAGGUUGCUUUGCAGGUGUUUCCCGCACCUGAAGGGAAAGGGUGGGGUGUUCGAUCUGUGAAUGCCUUGAAGAAAGGCACUUUCAUUUGUGAGUACGUAGGCGAAAUUGUGACCAAUCAGGAACUUUAUCAACGGAACAAUGAAAGGGCUGCUAAAAAGGAGAGGCAUACUUAUCCGGUGCUUCUGGAUGCAGACUGGGGCUCUGAAAGGAUACUGGAAGAUGAAGAGGCCCUUUGUUUGGAUGCAACAGAAUUUGGAAAUAUUGGCAGGUUUAUCAAUCACAGAUGUUAUGAUUCUAACUUGAUUGAAGUUCCUGUGGAAGUGGAGACUCCGGAUCAUCACUAUUAUAGACUUGCUUUUUUCACAACUAGAGAUAUUGAGCCGAUGGAAGAGAUGACUUGGGAUUAUGGUAUUCAGUUUGAUGAUAAGUAUCAUCCGAUAAAAGCGUUCAAGUGCAGGUGUGGAAGCAUGAGCUGCCGUGACAAGAAAAGGCGGUAUUAG